AUGGAUGUUGAUGUUUAUGACGCUGUUGCACCUGGAAGCGUUUCCUCCAAGAGGCAACGCCGUGUUUGGCAGCACGACACCGCUGGAGAAAACCUUCUUCCUGAAGCAGGAUUUCAAUUUCUUUCUGCAGAAGGGACAGGAGCCCCUCCACCAGAGCAACAACCUUCUCAAGCCUGUCGCUCCACUCAACGCAGCUCUUCACAAAAACAUCAACAACCUCCAACAACUCCAACAAAGGCUCAACGACGCUGGUCCAAGCCCUUCCUUGACUUUGUCACACGGGGGGCCACUUUCGCCAACGAAAUGGAAUUGCC